AUGCCCUCGAAUCAACCAAGAAUCGCCAUCGUUGGCGGAGGACCUGCUGGACUUACAGCCGGAGUACUUCUCCAUCAGAAUGGCAUCCCAUUUACAGUUUUUGAGCUUCGUCACAAGCCGGCCCCUCUGGAGCUUGCACAGCCCAUCAGGAUGCUUGAUUUACAUGAAGAAUCCGGUCUUGCUGCUAUCAGAAAGUGUGGUUUGUUGGAAGAAUUUUUACCUCUCACCAGGGAUUGCGCUUCAGUGAUGAAGAUGACAGAUAGAGAUGGAAAUGUUCUCUUUGCUGUAUUCUCUUUGCUGACACCGAAUCCAAUGACGAUCGCCCCGAAGUCUCUCGAAGCGCUCUCAAUGAGCUCUUGGUCUCCAAACUUCCUGGGGAAUCGAUCAAAUGGGGCCACAAGCUACUCUCUGCGACAACUUUGGACGAUGCUGAAGUAAUGCUUGAUUUUGGGGAGCACGGAAAACAAGUAUUCGAUCUGGUCAUCGGAGCUGAUGGCGCCUGGUCGAAAAUCCGCAGCAUACUGACAUCUGUGAAACCGCAUUACUCGGGUAGACAUAUAAUCACCCUCACUAUCAAGCAAAUCGCAGUCAAAUAUCCACAACUCGUCGAGCUGGUCUGUCCUGGAACUUUCUUUGGUAUUGGGGGGGGAUGGACAUGCGGUAACGGCGCAACGGGGUGCUGGAGACACGGCGAGGAUUUAUGUCUUCAUAUCAACCCCAGAUGUGGAGUUCGGGAACAGCUCAGGCCUGAAAGGCAACACCGUCAAAAGCGGUCAGAACCAACUUCUUACCCUUCUUGAUCAGUGGGGUCCUAAAAUUAAAGAGUUGGUGACAAUUGGAUGUGAAGAGGAAACGGAGAACAAUCCUGAUGCGAAAUUUGACAUUAGACCUGACCACAGCUUGCCUAUCGACUUCUCCUGGAACAACAAACCGGGAGUGACAAUUAUUGGAGAUGCAGCUCAUUUGAUGCCUCCGUCAGGCGAGUGUGUAAACAUCGCAAUGUGGGACGCAGUCAUGUUGACACAGGCCGUAAUCAAGGCUCAUGAACAGAAUGAGAGCGGUGCAGAUUUCCGGACAGCUUUGAGUCCUUUGGUGAAGGAUUUUGAAGUCGAAAUGCAGGCCCGGGCCAAGCAGGUUGGCGAAGAGUCUGCAAACAUGCUCGGACUGAUGUUUUCCAAGGAUGGCCCCCUAAAUUGUGGAUUUUUUCAAGAGUUUUUCCUCUGGGCCGAGUGA